AUGGGAGGAGAUGUCCCCACCAAUGAGCACUUUGUUGUCCCACCCACGGUCCCUUUGCACCAUGAUCACGGAAGGUAUGGGGACAUGGUACCAAAAACCAUAGCAGGGAAGAUUUUUGGUUCCAUCUGUUCGCUGAGUGGGGUCUUGGUCAUUGCUCUUCCUGUUCCGGUGAUUGUAUCUAACUUCAGUCGGAUCUACCACCAAAAUCAACGAGCAGACAAACGGAGAGCACAGAAGAACCUCCUCCUGGAAGUGGGCCAGCUCACUUCCAUUUCUACUGCACUAGCCAAAAAAGCCAGACUGGCCAGGAUCCGGGCCGCCAAAACCGGAAGCGCCAACGCUUACAUGCAGAGCAAACGGAAUGGCUUACUCAGUAAUCAACUGCAGUCCUCAGAGGAUGAGCAGGCCUUUGUUAGCAAAUCCGGCUCCAGCUUUGAAACCCAGCACCACCACCUGCUUCACUGUCUGGAAAAAACUACGAAUCACGAGUUUGUGGAUGAGCAGGUCUUUGAGGAAAGCUGCAUGGAAGUUGUGACCGGAAACCGGCCUUCAAGCCACAGCCCCUCUCUCUCUUCGCAAGGAGUCACCAGCACUUGCUGUUCACGACGACACAAAAAAACCUUCCGCAUCCCAAAUGCCAAUGUUUCCGGAAGCCACCGGGGCAGUGUGCAAGAACUCAGUACGAUCCAGAUCAGAUGUGUGGAGAGAACCCCGCUGUCUAACAGCCGAUCCAGUUUAAAUGCCAAAAUGGAAGAAUGUGUUAAGCUAAACUGUGAACAACCUUAUGUGACUACAGCAAUAAUAAGCAUCCCAACACCUCCAGUGACCACCCCUGAAGGAGACGACAGGCCAGAAUCUCCCGAGUACUCAGGAGGCAAUAUUGUCAGAGUGUCUGCUUUGUAAGACAAUUGGAACCAGGUCUAAGAAAAUUUGAGCUCUGGCUGUGGAAAGAAUUCCAAUGUGGAAGAAAGAAGAAAUAAAUAAACCUUUUGCAGAUGAAAACAGCAAAGCAAGAAGGUUGGCAGUGAAAUAAAAAACAAAGCUUCCAAACCUGAGGAUGGAAAUAAAACCACCAAAUGGCAUUUCUAGACAAAGUUGACCUGUUAUACAGAGGAAGAAGUCUGUGACCCUU